GUGAGAGAUGAAUGUGAAGAUUCCUGUUGUUGUGUAGCAGACGACGGCUGAGCCUCAGCCUGGCGCUCUAUUAUGGCUUUAUUGUGGUGUAAUAUUCCUGUAAUGUGUUGUCAUACAGUAGUGACACUGCUGACAUUAUUUCUCCUGCUACACCUCACUACUGCCAUUAAUGCCAAGGGUUGUACACCCCUUGAUUCAUGGACCUUUGAUAAGAUUAUUCCCAAGUUCCAUGCUGCCAUAGUAAAGUUUGACAUAGCCUAUCCCUAUGGCAAGAAACACGAGGAAUACACCAAACUGUCAGCAGCAGGAAGGGGAUCACCGGAGCUUCUUGUGGCAGAAGUCGGAGUCAAAGAUUAUGGCGACAUGGAAAAUAUGGAUCUUGCUGAAAGAUUUGGAGUGGUCAAGGAAGAUUUUCCAAAAGUAAAGCUUUUCAUCAGUGGUAAAGAUGAUCCCUUAGACUUUGAAGGGGAAUUUAACGCUGAAGAACUGAAAAAAUUUAUUCGUCGUCAUUCGGAAGUUUACAUAGGUCUGGAAGGGUGCCUUGAAACAUUUGACCGAAUUGUUGAUCGUUUUAUGAUCACCGAGAACCUGGUUGAGAAAAAAAAACUUCUUAGACAGGCAGAGGAUGAAUGGGACAAGCUGAAGAGCCCAUCUGACCAACAAAUUGCAGAAACUUAUGUGAAAAUAAUGAGGAAGGUUCUUGAAAAAGGUGGAGAAUUUAUAGGUCUUGAGAAAAAUCGCGUGGAAGGUCUUAUGAAUGGACGAAUCACAAAGGAGAAAAAGGAAGAGAUGCAAGGCAGGCUAAAUAUUCUUAAAUCAUUUUCUCGUGAUGAAUUGUGAGCAAGUAGAUGCUGAUCCUCUUAUUGUUACUCAUUUAUAAAUACACUAGCAAGAAAGUACUUAGGAAACCAUUUACAUGUAUGUAUUUGAAAUAUGGAAGAAUCUAGGUUUUCAAAGUACGUACAUAAUAAUCCAUUUACUGUAACGUAAAAGAUUUUUUACUUCAUUUAUUGUAGUAAGCUAGCUAAGUGUUGUCACUAUUAAUUAGAAUUGAGUGGCAUAAUACUGUAGUAAAGUAAUUUAAUGGUCACUUUCACUGUACUGUUGACUCUUAUGGGUUUAGUGCUUGGUUAUGAUUAUAAUAAUAAUCACUGUACUGUUGUUUUCAAAUUAGCAUUACCAGUAUUUAAAAUUUGUAAUUCACUCUUUGAAAAAUGAAUUAGAGCUACAUUUUCUUAAAUUACAUACUUAAAUACAAAAUGAUUUUAGUGAAUAUUAUUUUGGAUGAAGGUGUUCCAAUUUUCUAAAUUUUCCUAAUAAAUUACUGUAUUAUAAUUUUACAGGCCACUGAAAAAUUGUUAGUGAUGGCAGCUUGGAAGGAUUUGUAGCAAUAAAGUAUUUUUAUCACUAUUCUGAUAAUUAUGCAAAACCAGCUUUACUUCCUCUUACUGGUAAGUUGUUCAAAAGGUACUUGUCAUCAAAGGCAAACUGCAGUAGUGCAUAAGGUAACCAUUUUGUAACCCUUUUGCAUGUGUUUAGUAUAAUCAGGAUGAUGUAUUGGUAAUGUAAAAUGAGUUAUGCCUUAUGCAGAUGGAAAAACCUGUGUUUAAGAUGGUGGUAGUGCAGAUCCUCACUACAGAAUACAAACCAUGAAUUGCCUCAGUGCAACUAGCUAUGGUCCAAAUUGGACCCAAACAUCGUCAUAAAUCUCUCUCCUAUGUGCAGUGUAUUUAUUUAUUACUUCAAUAACAAAUGAAUCUUGUGUUUUUCUUUUUGACAAAUGGUCUUCUAACAGUGAAAGAUAAUGGUGUAACUGUAGCAAUUACUUGGUAAAACAGUUGUCGCACAAUGAAAGAUAAUGGUGGAACCAUAGCAGUUACUUGGUAAAACAGUUGUCGCACAAUGAAAGAUAAUGGUGUAACUGUAGCAAUUACUUGGUAAAACAGUUGUCUCACAAUGAAAGAUAAUGGUGGAACCAUAGCAAUUACUUGGUAAAACAGUUGUCGCACAAUGAAAGAUAAUGGUGGAACCAUAGCAGUUACUUGGUAAAACAUUUGUCGCACAUUAUGUUCCUAAUAGGCUGAUCAAAAUUUAUAUAAUUUGUUCCCAUCUUUGUUUAUAAAGUACUGUAUUUUGUGGUGCAGUUUACAAAGCACAUUCCUCUUUCUUUCCACAAACUGGCCAUAUCUACAGAUUAAUAUGGCACACAAAAUAAAAUACAGUAUUCUCUCGAAAUUUAUUGUAACUAUUUGUAUCAUCUAAAAUGGGAAUAAAUCUAAAAAUUUUGCAUGCAUUGUGUUUGUGAGUUUAUUGUAUAGAAUAUAGAUUUGUAACUUUGCACCAAAAUUUAUUUAGUGACGUAAACUUGCUAGAACUAACAUAGUCUUAAUAUAAUUGGUCGUAAUUGUACCAACUCUACCUUAGAUCAUAUUAAAUUUAGUUUGUAUUAUUUAAUAUUGUCUAGUUAAUUUUGUUAUCUGGCUGAUUUUCAAGAAUUAUGCAACAAGAAAUUUAUAAUGUCUAGUUUGGUAUAUGAUCAUUGCUUUAUUAGUCAAGAUCUCAAGUAGUGCCUAUAAAGCACAUUAUAUUUAUACAUGUAUUCUGGUACACAUACAGUGAUGGCUCUAAACUGAAUUAGAGGCAGCAGAGGUGAUUAUUUCUAUACAAAACAUAGGUGCAUUUGAUCCAUAAACAACUGAUGGAAUUUAAUUGCUGUAAUUUCCAAAUGCAAUGAAAAAGUCUUUUAUACCAUUUCUUGGCAUAUUUCUACCACAAAAUCUUAAUCUACAACACAAGCAAGAAACAUAUACAAAUCAUAAAUGCAUUUGAGACAGAAACAAUUGAUAAAACAUUUAAACAUUAUUCAGUAUCUUUACUUACCAAGACCUCUUACAUUUUAAACCUCGGUUAUGACAUCUUUGUUUGGAAGGAUUUUCUAUACUACAUUCCAUGUUUAUAUAUUUAUACAUUUAAAAAAUAUCUUACUUGAAUAAGGAAUAUUGAUGGCUAUUCACAACUUAAUGAGAAUAAAAUUGUACAUGUAUAUGCC